GGCAUGUUGCUAUGCCAGUGAGAAAGGGAAACGACGGCCUGUGUGCGCGGUCAAGUGCAACAACAACGAGAAAAAUGUCCUGACACCUGUUAUAGAAGUAAUACAUUUGAAGUGAAUGAAAAGGCAUGGACCUAAGUAAAAUAAGCAAUUCGUUUGUUGGGACUUGAUUGACGCAGAAGAAUAGCCGAUUUAAUUAUGGCAAGUCCGGAGAGAAAUAAGAAGAUUCUGCUUGAAAUGGUGAAACAGCCCAGCAACGACCAUUGUGCCGACUGUGGGGCCCCUGAGCCAGACUGGGCCUCAUACAAACUUGGUGUGUUUGUAUGUGUGAACUGUUCGGGGACACAUCGGGACUUGCCUGCCAUCAGCCGGAUAAAGUCCAUACGUUUGGAUUUCUGGGAUGAUUCCUUAGUAGAGUUUAUGAAGACAAGGGGUAACGCUGCAGCCAAUGCGUUCUAUGAGAAGUGCGUUCCGCCCUUCUACUACCGGCCACAGGAGAAGGACUGUGUUGUUCUUAAAGAUCAGUGGAUACGUGCUAAGUAUGAGAGGAGAGAAUUCACAGGAGAGAGUAGCUCCCUUCAGCAAGGUUAUAGUUCAGGACUUUACGAAGGAAUUCUAUGGAAGAAAGGCAAGGACAACAAGCAGUUCCUGAAAAGGAGAUUCCUGCUCUCUGAAACAGACUUCACCUUGAGAUACUUCACCAAGGAGGAUUCCAAGAAGCCCAAAGCAGUCAUCUCUAUGAAGGAUCUCAAUGCCGUGUUCCAGCCGGAAAAGAUAGGCCACGCCCAUGGGCUGCAAAUCUCCUACCUGGAGGAAGAACGGACCAGAAACCUGUUUGUUUACCAUGACAACAGCCAGGAAAUUGUGUCCUGUUUCAAUGCGAUUCGGGCCACCCGGUUUGCUUACCUCAAGAAAGUCAACCCUAAUGCCAGGGACAGUGACCUUGUACCUUUGAUAACCAGAAGUAGCAUUAAAGAAGGCUACAUGGAGAAAACCGGACCAACGCAAUGGGAGCCAUUCAAGAAGAGAUGGUUCAUCUUAAACUUAACGGACAGAAAGCUGUCCUACUUCAAAUCUUCACUGGAUGCCUUGGAACUGGGAGCUGUCUUCAUCGGCACAGAGGGCCAUGGCUACUCUGUGAGGGAGGGCCAGCCUAAGGGGAGCCGCAGUGGCAGGUGGAGGUUCGGGGUCACCUUGGAGACACCAGACAGGCAGUUUGUCUUCCUGUGUGACCAGGAGCAGGACCAGAGGGAGUGGAUAGAAGCCUUCAAACUAGUAAUCACCCAGCCUAUGCUACCGCAGCACUACAACACUGAGGCAAACAUGAGAAGAAUGAAAAAAUGAAUGGUGUAAAAACCCGAGGGAAGGAAAACAACACGAUUUACAGGAAGAAAUGGCAAUGUGUGAGGCUGGCUGCCUGUUUCAGAGAGCCUACCAGUGGCAGGGUGGAGGCUUCUCACAAGAGGUGAUCAGGGAACUCUUCAAUGGAGUCAUGUUUAUCGGAAAAUGAGGAGAGGCUAAAUGAACUCAGGCUAAAGAGGCUAAACGAACUGAAGAGCUGCCCAUGUGGACCAGCACUGGUAACCAUUGCAAAUCACCAUUAUCCAGGGCACCUUGCAAACCAGUGACAGGACUGCAUAUUAUGAGAUGGGAACUUAUGGCAUUGUCGGGGAUAUUGGGAAUGUAAUAUAUACUUUCUAUUAACUAAUGUGUAUAUACACUAAAUGUAUAAAACGUUAAGGACACCUGCUCUUUCCAUGACAUAGACUGACCAGGUGAAAGCUUUUGAUCCCUUAUUGAUGUCACUUGUUAAAUCCACUUCAAUCAGUGUCGAUGAAGGGGAGGAGACGUUAAAUAAGGAUUUGUCAGCCAAUGGAGACAUGGAUUGUGUAUGUGUGCCACUCAGACGGUGAAUGGGUAAGACAAUUGAAGACUAUUGAAGUGCCUUUGAACAGGAUAUGGUAGUAGGUGCCAGGCGCACCGGUUUGUGUCAAGAACUGCAACGCUGCUGGGUUUUUCAUGCUCAAUAGUUUUACGUGUGUGUUAAGAAUGGUCCACCACCCAAAGGACAUCCAGCCAACUUGACACAACUGUGGGAAGCAUUGGAGUCAACAUGGGCCAUAUUGGGCCUGCAGCCCUGACACAUUGUAGAGGCCAAGACCUGAUGAAUUGAGGCUGUUCUGAGGGGUGUUCCUAAUAUUUUGUACAGUCAUUGUAAAUAGAAAGCGAGAGCGUGCGAUACAAUACUUUAAUAGAGCUAGUAGAGUUUGUUUUUUGUAUAACAGUUAUUUUAUAAUACAGUGUUUUAUUAUCUUUG